AUGAAGCUUUCUAUUGCUCUUGCAAGUGCUGUAUUUGCGGAUACGCAGUGUACCUCGAAAGGAGGAACUUGCACUGACUAUCGAUACACGACAUGUUACGCUGGUUACGAGAGAUAUAUUUGUAAUGGUGACAGCAACCGUCAGUGCUGUCUUUACUGCUCGCCAACUUGUGAAGCUAAAGAGGAACUUGACUCAGCCGGCGAUUCGAGGUGCACAGCAGCUGGUGGCGAGUGUAAGCACAAUACGAACUACUGCAACGGAACCUACCAAUCUGGUCUUUGCGGUGGCGGUGCUUCUAGACAGUGCUGCACCGGAAAGGAGGAUCCAGAUCCACCAGUUGACGUUGGAGGUGAUUAUUUCAAUCGUUACUACGGUUACAAGCUGGGUGGAAAAAUCAGUGGUGAAGAUUUUUCGUCAUUGAGCUCAGCGAAGAAUAGAUGCUCGACCCUUGGCUCCAGCUGUUCUGGAGUUGUGAAUGACUACGCAGGACACUAUUAUUUGUCAACGAGCUAUACAUUCAGUUCGGCAAGUGGACAGACCACUUACGAAAAAGGCGAGAAGUGGUCGGCAAGAUUCGUCCCUCGAGUAGAAUGGGAAGCCAGAAGCCCAACUGGUGUAACUAACUUCCAACUUCCAGCACGGCAUGGACUGAUUGGUCAUCACACUGCUGGUUCUCACUGUAGCGACAAGGCUUCCUGUAUCAGCAAUAUGAAGGGCACUCAAAACUAUCACAUGGACUCUUUAGGAUGGUCCGAUAUUGGAUACCAGUUCCUCAUUGGAGAAGACGGUCGCAUCUAUGAGGGGCGAGGUCAAUGGCGACAAGGAGCUCACUGUAGCAACUGGAACUCGAACACAAUUGGCUUCUCGGUCAUGGGCAACUUCAGCAACCGUCUUCCGAACCAAAACGCUCUUGAUGCUGUGGAUGAGCUCAUUGCCUGGCUAGAGCGAAAGAAUUAUGUGAACAAGAACUGCUACGAGUUCGCCGGUCACCGAGACAAGAAUGCAACUGUGUGUCCAGGAGAUCCUCUCUAUGCUCACUGGGGAUCUGGAAAAUAUCCAUUUUGGCAUAGAAAGUGCUAA